GGAAGAGAGCUCGGAUUUGCGUAUGCUUCCAUCCCGGUAUUUGAACUGAAGGGCCGACGGCCAAGGUCUCACAGUACCGCUCGACGCAAGACAUGGAGCUGGGGCAAUGAUUGCCCCGAGGGAGGGCUCGAAGCUAGCUGUGGAUUGACCUUCGUGCCUUUUCUUGGUGAUGGUAUACGUCCUGAUGUACCGGUACCUGUACGAGGGCGUCCUUCUCUUGCCCUCUUUCAUUCCAUUCUCACGCUUCAAUUUGGCGGUUUCAAGGGAAGACAGGGGAUCAUGAGAUAAGUAAAACAACAUUACGAGUAGUGGUAUUUCAUGUGUGCCGAAGCUCCCACUUAUUCUACACCUCACAAGUCAUUUCACAACGUCGGACUGGAAUCAAGCUCAACAGGGUCUUCUUUCCCCGCUGAUUAUGGGCCGUUUGUCACCCCCUUCGAUUCUAGCUAGUGGAGAAAUCGCCAAAGGGCCUGACAAGCUCAAGUCACACUGCCGUUGUUGUUACUUUCCUCUAUUCACAUUGGAACAUGUACGCCUUUCAUCUGCUUCAUUAUUGUUGAUUGUGAUUGACCACAAAAGUGGAAGAGAGAGGACUUUUGGGGUAUUUUUGAUGCAAUUCUUGCCAAUGCACAAUGAAGCAAUCCACAAUUGGAUAGAGUAGUUUUCCUGCGAGACUGAGAGUUUCAACUCGACAAAAUGACUCACAAAACAGAAAUUGACAAGGAAAUCCUGGCAUUCGAAUCAACCAGGCUCCCAGUAUAACCGGUACACAGGUUCCAGGUCCAUUGCAGAGUACCAGCUCAGGUCGAAUCUGUAUGGUCAAGACAAUGGCAUGUAUCAGUGCAUAGAUUGUCGUGAUAAAUGAAGACGUAAAUGAUUGUCCCACUUCUCGACUUCGUGGAAUUUUGUGGACAAUGGUGUCAUUCUUGUGGAGCUCAGGAUUUGCUUGGAGCCGUUGGAUGGAGGUAUGAUCCGUAUCAGCCACCACAUAUACAAUUGGAUCAUACAGGGCACUGUCUAGCUGUGAGACCAUGUGUAGCAUUUCACUGGUAUGACCACCUGAUCCCAGCACCACCAGUGUCUUGCAUUUCUUGCUUCUGAAUGCUGUUCUGGUCUCCUUGUCAUCAUAGCCAUUUCUUCGUGCUUGAAUCUCUCGAUAGAUCCAUAGAAAGCGCAGUAUCGCAAGGAGGAGAGCUGCUGAUGCAGCCCCUCCCAAGAAUAGAAGUGCUGUUGUUGAAUUCAUUGUAAGAGCUUCCAAUUAAACCGCUAGCUGCUUCACAGUGUAGGACAGGGUACCGGUGGUAUCUGUCAACUGAAAUAUGUCCUUUGAUGGCAAAAAGGAGUUUCCAAAUGGGAGGAGAGGAUUUGGAGGUUUGUCACAACGCUGCGCCGUGAGGAACCACAGCAAUAUUUACCUCAUCUUGAAUAAGCUUUCUCUCAAAGAUCCAGCGGCUGUAACAAGAAGAUAACGCUGAGUUGAGGUAGCUGAGGUAAAACAAAGAAACAAAGUUGACCUUAACUUUAACCCCAAAUUUGCCCCAUCUACGUGACGAAUUGAAGCUGUCUUCACGUGUGUUGCGACGCUGUUUCGAUGAAGCCAGCCUCACAACGCAACCACAACCGCCAAGCUCAACCCUUCAUCUCCCAGAUAUAGAAGAGCCAAGCUACACUGUAGCAAGGAGGCCCUACCAUACUAGCUAGCUAGCCUGCUGUUUGUGUAUUUGUUCCCCGUUGCCAAGAUGACGGCUGCUGAUCACGAUUCUGGCAAGAGCAAGGAAGAAGCGCCAAAGACGAAUCAAGAUGUGGUGACAAAAGUGGAUCUUUCGCUGCUGGACACGUGGAUUGACGACAACAGCAAGGAGCAAGACGCCACCGAAAAGCUUUCGUUUGAAAGUAGGCUUCGUCAACUGCAACGAAAUGAGCUUGAAAAGCUGACGUCCCGAGAAGCCUUUCGAUCGAGAUUGGAGACCUUUCGUCCUUUGACCUACUUUUGCAAACCGACUCCUCUCUCUCCCCUCGUCUGUGCUAGAUUUGGAUGGACCAACACAUCCAUGGACAUGCUUCGGUGUGUUUGCUGCCAAGCGGCCUUGGUGGUCAAGAUCCACCCCAAAAUCACCAAACAAUCCACCAUCACCAAGCUCAUUCAAGCCUAUCAAAAGAAACUGGCCACGGCGCACAAACCAACUUGUCGCUUUCGAUUCGAGGCAGACCUGCAUUUCGUCGUAACCAACAACAACACGACAAUCACCAACAAUAAUCCAGAACAAACCAGUAGUACAACAAUUGUACCGCAUUACAUGGCAUCGAUUCUGCCAAGAAAUGUUGUGGAUAUGAUUGAAGAGCCCGAUUCACGACGACUCCUUUUGACGCGGUUCAAUGCCCUUGCCAAAGUGCUACACAUCCAGGACCACCAUUCCCCCGACGAUGGACCGCCCCAAUGGCAGAUUCCCGAACUGACCAUUCCCCAGAAUGUGCUGCACUUUGGUGGGACCACGGACGAUGAUGAGGCUGAUCUAGCUAUAAAACGCCGAACGUCGCUGCAGCGUCGCAUGCUGGCCAAAUUGGCAUUCAACCGCAAACGGCCUUACACGGCAUUGGGGUUGGAACAUGAAACAUUGCUGUCGAGAUUGGAUGUUAUUUUGCAUCCACCGACCAAAGAAGAGGAGAUUCGGGCUCACACGAGGACUCAGAGUGCUUGGGAGAGUCUCUACGAAGGGAUUGCCGCAUUGGCCUUGUUUGGUUGGAUACCGCCGCCAACAAAGAGCGACACGACAACAACAGUGCCAAAGGAAGAUGGUAUCGUCUUGCUGCACUGCCCAAUCUGCUUGUCAAAGCUUCGAUUCAAUCUGCACAGUGUUCAUCAUCAUCACCACAGCAUGGAAUCAGCAGCUGCGGAGGCCAACAACGACGACAAGGAGGAAAACCCCACCAAGAAGCAAAAGCUAGAGACUUUGAAUCCUCUUGCCGCACAUCGACAUUAUUGUCCCUACGUCUGCGGAUUUCCCACUGCGGAGGAGCGCAAAGGGACGCCCAUCUGGCAAACGGUUGCCUCCAAGUUGUUUUCGUUUCAGGAUAGCCACGAAGCCGAAGACGACGACGAGACAGCAUCAAAGGACGAAACAAAUAAUGACCAGUCUAACGAGGCUACCAUGGACCGUCUCUUGGGUUUGCUUCAGUCUGGGGUGUCUUCCCGCCCUCGCAAAUAGGAACGCGACGACAGUGACAUGUUGCUUAAUAAUUUGAGUGUGGCGAAAUACAGAUACCAGUACUCUUAUCGUUUCAAGCCGGCGCGAUGAUUAAGAAUAUAAUUUAAUACCUUCUCUUUCACCACAGC